AACUUAUGGUAAUGACUAACACAGCAACGACAAAGGACCAACAGAUCCCCAGAGAAUGUGGCUGUGGGUGACAACUCACAGUGGCCUGCGCAUCCACCAGGGUAAAGCCAAAUGUGGAGGAAACAACCAGAUGCAAUCUUGCACUGCAAAAGCAGGUCAGACAAGGAGGAAUCUCAUCCAGGUUGAGCACCACAGUGUUAAUGAUUCCACCAUUGCAUCUGGCAAGGGAACGGAGCAGCCUUUACAGCAAGACAUGCAACAUGAUCUGCACCACCCUCAGCAACAUUCCAGCGAAACAACCUCAAGCGUACCCACAAGCGAGGCACCAGAGAAACCAGUCCGUAAAGCCAGUGCAAGCCCAGACCCAAUGACAAGGAAACAUGGAGGAGUUAUGAGGUAAGCCUUCUCACUAUCCUGCGGAGCUCUCUAAUGGGCAGCAUUGUCUACAAGGAAGUAACCCUGAGGUUUGGAACAAAGCCCAAGAGAAGGACCAGCCCAAAACAGAGCGGGAGACGGGAGCGGGAAAUAGCCCAGUUGGUUAAAGAGCAAUGCCUCCUGCAGAAGGGGCAGGAGAAGGAGGGACUGAAGAGCCUAUGGGAGCAGAUCAAGUCAAGACUCGCUCACCUCAGAUGAGCUGAAAGAAUUCGUAAGCGCAGGGGCCGGAAAGAGACGGCCAAGGCAAGCUUUCUCAAGGACCCUUUCAAAUAUGCCCACAGCCUUCUGUAAACCAGCAAAGUCCUGCAGUCUCUCUAUUUGCAAGGGGGUUAGGAAUGACAACAUUACUUUUCUGGUUGAUGGUGAGAAGAUCCCACUCCUGGCAGAACAUCCUGUCAGAAGUCUUGGAACGCUCUAUACAGGUGAUCUAUCUGAUAAGCAGCUCAUGGAUGGCCUGAACAAGAUUGACUAGAGCUACCUACCAGGGAAGUUCAAGGUCUGGUAUUAUCAGCACACCCUCUACCAACGGGUGAUGUGGCCAUUAAAGCUGAGUUACAUCACAGCUUCCACAGCACUGCGGAUGGACGCAAAAGCCAACAACUUCAUCCGCAAAUGGCUUGGCCUCCCUCGGUGCCUUUCCAACGUGGCACUGUUUGGCAGAAACACACUCACGCUACCACUGAAAUCCAUUAGCCUGGGCUAUAAACAAGAGAAGGUGAGACUUGUGUUCCAACUGAGAGACUCACCAGAUCCGAUUGUCCGAAACACUAAAACCCAGGUCCGAACAGGACGUCGCCUGAAGCACCAAGAAGCUUUGCAGGUGUCACAACAAGGGAGGAUCGGUAUCGGCUGGGGACAAACACGCAGGAUGUAGUCUAAGGCUAAUGCGAAGGAGAGGAUCAAAGCAGUUGGCCAGUACUGCCAAGGGAGGUGGACAACCUGGGAGGCAGUGGUAAACAGGACAAUUACCUGGACUGACAUGUGGAGGAUACCUCAAGCCAGACUCAGCCUUUUGAUCAUGGCAACAUAUGAUAUCCUUCCAAGCCCCCAGAACAUUAACAUCUGGUAUGGCACAGAGGAGAGUUACCAACUCUACUGCUCGCAGAACCCAUGCCUGCAACACAUCCUCUCUGGUUAUAAGGCAGCAUUAACACAGGGCUGGCUGAAAUUCUGGAGGCACGUAGACUUGAAGCGAACAGGACCAGUCCAGUGCCAUCUCAGAAAUUGAUUCACUUUGUAAGACAAGGAGACCAGGACCUGUCCUACACUCAUAGGGCAUGGUCUCUCUUGACACCUGGAGCUGAGUGGAACUUAGCAGCUGACCUUAACCAGCUGCUCAGGUUCCCUCAGGAGAUCACCCCAACCUCUAUGCGAUCUGAUAUAGUGCUCUGGUCCUCCAUCACCAAGGCUGUCAUCAUGGUCAAGCUGACCAUUCCGUGGGAGGAAGGAAUGGAGGCUGCCUUUGAGAGGAAGAAGAACAAGUAUGCAGAGCUGGCAGCUGCAUGCUCACAGGCCGGGUGAAGGGCAUUCUCACUGGAGGUUGGUUACAGAGGCAAUGUAGGAACAUCAGCUCAGCAUGUCUUCAAGUCCCUGGGCAUCAAAGGUACCAAUCUAAAGAGAGCCAUCAGAGGUAUUGCUGAGGAGGCAGAGCAGGGGAGCUUCUGGCUCUGGCUCCACAGAAAGGACAAGCAAUGGGGGAAACAGGGAUCUUAGGGCCAGCUGCAGGGGGCGGUAGGGAGACGUCCCUAUCGCUGCUCCACCACAAAGAGAAGUUCCGGGAUUAAAGGAGCAAAACAUCGGUGAAGGGCAGCUCCCGGCUGAUGACCCUGCAGCCGGCAGAAGGCCACUGUCGGAGGUGCGCCUGGCAGAGAUUCCAAGCAGGUGGUUUCACCUACCUGUGCUGAGUAUUAUUUCACUGAAGUCUGCACUUCUCAUUCAGAAGAGUUUCUUUUCUUCCUUCUUAUUGGUUGCAUUAUUGUCUCAGAAAUGGCAUUACAAACACAGGAUGUGUGUGUGUCUAUAGAUACAUGUGGCUAAUUUGCAUUGCAAAAUUUGAGUAAUUACUGGAGGGUACUAGGGUGGUCUCUUAAGUGUGCAUGCCUGUUUCUACAGUACGCGGGAUUUAUAAAUCUGUAAGGCAUGCACCUUGGUUUACACAAGGUUUUAUAAAUCUGACUUUUACUGCUUGCACAAACGUUUCAGUUUCUUCUGCAAAUAUAUACAAAUAUUUUCAUAGCUGAGCUCCUAGGUUCCUGAACUUAUUUGACCAGUUAAGGGAGUGUGUGGUGAAAUUUAAUGAAUACAUGAUUGGGUUACCCAUGAGGAGAGAUUUUCUUCUACAAAUUCAACAAGACAGCAAUAAGCUUUUGGAGAAAAGAAGAAUUAUUUCUUAAUCUUUUAUUAUUAUGUUAAAUUCUGAGUCAAUAUGUGGAAACCAGGGACAACUGUUAAAUCAAAUAUAUUAUCUAUUUACUCAGUAAUCUUUAUACAUUUAGUAUACAUUUAGUAUGUUUUUAUAAGCAUCAGAGUUGUUGUUAGGAGCAAGUAGAAGUGGGAGGACAUAUAGUUCGGGCAUGUGUGAUAAAAUUCCAUUCUACCCUGAUCAACAAUUAUCCCAUGUCUCACCUACACAUACUACCCAGAUAAAUGACGAGUUUCUCUCUGUCCAACAUUUCUGUACAGUAUGGUAUAUAGGAACGAAAAUGGUGUGUGCAAAAAGGCCACUCCUGCAUAACAUAGGGAGAACACGCAAACUCCACAUGGGGUCCUGCUUAACAUAGGAAGAACAUGCAAAUCCACAUGGGGUCCUGCUUAACAUAGUGAGAACAUGCAAACUGCACAUGCAAAGCAGUAGGAGCAGGAUUCCCAGACACGGUGCCUGCAUUAUACUAUGUGCAAAAUGUAUUUUAAAACUUUGAGAAUGCAAAUAUUCAGACAGCAGCCCGUUUGUGGAUUCUUCUCCCACUCAUCCAUCAUCACUUGUCCUUCUCAGACAAGCUGGGACCCUUAAAAUUUCACACACGUCCUAAUUCUGCAGUCAUGCUGAUAACUUCCGUGCUGUGCAAUGAUAAUAUUUUUUUUAAACAAAAGGUCAUAAAGUUCCAGAUGUGUGGUUAAGUGCUACAUACCACAAGAGCAUUGCACAACUAUGCAGUGCACACCCAAGUGACUCUUCACUUCAUACAAAAACCACGGCAACAAGGCCAAACACCAAAUAUUUAGCACAUUGUGUUCUGCUUUCUAUAAGCAUUUUUUCUGAAAUAUAAUAUCUAAUACACGGAUGCCCAGUUACUUUAAAAUGAAGACGUUUUCCAGAUUACUUCUUGUUUGUGAAACAAACUUCUUGUACAUUUAAUUUUAUUCUGCAGAUAUGUCUAAAGCUUAACCACGAUAAGUAAAACCAACUGGAAUUCCUCUGGUACCACUCUUAUCUUAUCGGUUCCAUGUCAUUGUCUAGAACGAAUGUUAAGUUAAACGAAGCAGAAAAUAACAUGCGACUGCCUCAGGCAGCCAUUUCGGCAGAACUCGGUUUCCCAGGUUUCCCCUGUAAUAUUGACGGAAAUGCGUUUUACUAAGAUGUCCGCGCCCGGCAAAGACACGUUUCCCACAGCAGCUGAUGCGAUGGAGGAGAUGGAACAAAGUAGUAGCGAGGAGGACGAAAUGGAAGAAGACGAAGAAGAAAACGAAGGGGGAGAAAGGAAGGAAAAAGUUUACGUGCCAGGAAGAGAGGUGUUAAAUCCAGGAGAACAGCUUGAAAUGGACCGGUCGGCUUAUCGGCUGUAUCACGAAUGUCAGACGGGCGCCCCGUGUCUUAGUUUCGAUGUGCUGAGAGAUGCGGAUGGAGAUGGCAGGGAACAAUUUCCCCUGUCAAUGCUACUCUGUGCUGGUACCCAGGCUGAUUCAGCUAAUGCUAACAGGCUCCUUGUGAUGCGCAUGCACAAUAUUUAUGGCACGGAGAAAGAGAACGAGGAGAGCAGUGAUGAAGAGAGUGAUGAAGAGGAUGAUGAGGAAAGAAAACCUCAGCUGGAGCUGGCCAUGCUGCCACACUAUGGAGGGAUCAACAGAGUGAGAGUCAUGCAAGAAGCGGAGCGAUCCUUGGCAGCGGUGUGGUCAGACAAGGGUCUGGUGGAGAUAUUUGACCUCAGUCAGCAGCUGGAGGCCGUUCAUAGCGCAGCUGCAAUGGCCACGUUCUUAAAGCACCAGCAGGGAGAGGCCACGCCUCUCUUCAGCUUUUCAGGUCACAUGACUGAGGGUUUUGCUCUUGAUUGGUCACCGAAAGUAUCAGGUCGUCUAAUUAGUGCCGAUUGCAAGAAGAACAUUCAUUUGUGGGAACCGCGGGAGGGAGGGACGUCAUGGCAAAUCGACCAGAGGCCGUUUAGCUCCCACUGCAAAUCAGUUGAAGACCUCCAGUGGUCACCCACAGAAGCCACUGUUUUUGCCUCCUGCUCAGUGGAUCAGUCCAUUCGUAUUUGGGACAUCAGAGCUCCCCCUAACUCUAUGCUCUCAGUGGAUCAGGCACACUCCUCAGACGUCAAUGUUAUCAGCUGGAAUCGGAACGAACCAUUUUUACUGUCUGGGGGAGACGACGGACUUCUUAAAGUGUGGGAUUUAAGGCAGUUUAAGUCCGGACAGCCUGUGGCAAACUUCAAGCAGCACAGUGCCCCUGUGACGUCUGUGGAGUGGAACCCACUGGAUUCCAGUGUUUUCGCUGCCGCGGGGGCUGAUGACGUGGUCAGCCAGUGGGACCUGUCCGUGGAGGCGUGCGGCGGGGGCCCCAGUGCAGAGGAUAUUGCGGGGCUGCCCCCCCAGCUGCUGUUUCUGCACCAAGGUCAAACGGAGGUCAAGGAGAUCCACUGGCACCCGCAGCUCCCUGGCGUUCUGCUGUCCACGGCUCUGUCGGGUUUCAACGUCUUCAGAACCAUCUCUGUUUAGUGGGCGGGGGCUGACUCUUUUCCUUCCCCACUAAGCCCUCUGAUGCCCCCCCCCCCCAGUUCUGCCUUUGAUCACCAUGUGCUGUCUAUCUCUGUUGAACAGUCCGCAGGCCUUAAAUUUCUACACACGACAUUCAUCUGUGCAUAAAAUAAAUACAGCACUCAGUACCUGUUCUUUUUUAUGUCAUUGUCACUUUUCAACACAUGGCUUUUUGCAUCUAAAUAGAAUAGUAAUAUUU